AGUCACCCUCGGCAGGUUCAUGAACCACCGAAUGAUAGGUAAUGCUGCUGCUCUUCCCAAGCAUGAUCCUCAGCAGGUCCAGAACUCCUCUUCCAUCUAUCCAACUCUUGGUCCUCCUCUUACAGUUGGUGUGCAUCAAGAUUAGUCAUGCGCUCUCCUUUAGCUACUCUAGCUUCGAUACCACCGCAGGAGGCAUAACAAUGGACGGGGACGCCUAUUUUCUUGACGGAGCAAUCCAAGUCACCAAGAACCAAGCCGACUCUUCCAUUUUAAAUAGCACCGGCAGCGUUGUAUAUAAUGAACCAGUACUUCUCUGGGACCAGGCUUCAGGUAAAGUGGCUGACUUCAGUGCAAAUUUCUCGUUCAUUAUCCAAGCCCUCCAGGGAAAUGUAAGCGCCGAUGGGAUUGCCUUCUUCCUCUCAUCAUACCCUUACCAGAACGCGAGCGUGAGUGAUUCAAAUGGUGGGGCUCUUGGACUAUUUCUCCGUUCUGGUGCUAACUGGACGAGGCCGAAGCAGAUCGUUGCUGUCGAGUUCGAUACCUUCAAAAAUCCUGAGUAUAAUGAUUCGAGUGCUAAUCACAUAGGAAUCGACUUCAACAGGAUCAUCUCUGUCGCGCAUAGGGACUUGGAUACUAGCAUCAGAGAAGGCCACAGAUUGGAUGCAUCAAUUAGUUACAGUGCUAGCACUGGAAAUUUGACUGUAUUCCUCAGCAAUUUCUCUGAUCCUAGGAUAAAUUGGAGUCUGUCUUAUGGUGUCAACUUGACGGAUUACCUGCCAGAAAAGGUUGCCGUUGGCUUCUCAGCUGCAACAGGUAAUCAAACUGAGACACACAAGAUCCUCUCUUGGAGUUUCAACUCCACUGAUCUUGGACCAAGACCACCGAGACACAAAAAGUUUGCCUUGGGCUUGGGUCUUGCUAUUGCUGCUGUAGUUCUAUUAUCAUGUGUGUUAUGUUCUGUGCGGUUUAUAAGAAAAUAUAUAUGCAAGAAAGCUAGUACAGAGAUGGAAGAAGAUGAGGAGGAAGAAGAAGAUAUGACUAUUGAUAUUUUAGUCAGUGAUGCGGUGCAGAGAGCCAGUGGACCUAGGAGAUUUCCAUAUAGCGUACUUGCAGAUGCAACCAAUAAUUUUGCUGCCGAGGGGAAACUUGGACAAGGAGGAUUUGGGGGGGUUUACGUGGGAGUAUUGCAUGACCCACAACUUGAAGUGGCCAUUAAAAGGAUCUCGAGAGAUUCUAAGCAAGGGAGGAAGGAGUAUAUAUCUGAAAUCACGAUUAUCGGUCAAUUAAGGCAUCGUAAUCUUGUCCAGCUUAUUGGUUAUUGUCAUAGAAGGGACGACUUGUUGCUUGUUUAUGAGUAUAUGCCGAAUAAAAGCCUUGAUUACCAUCUAUACAACAAAGAUAGAUUGCUUGCAUGGCCGGAGAGGUACAAGAUUGCUUUGGGGCUGGCCUCGGCAUUGCUUUACCUCCAUGAAGAGUGGGAGCAAUGUGUCAUCCACAGAGAUGUGAAGCCGAGCAAUGUCAUGUUGGAUUCAGAGUUCAAUGCUAAACUUGGUGACUUUGGAUUGGCAAGGCUCGUCGAUCAUGACUGCGACUCGCUGACGACUGUUUUGAUGGGAACGAGGGGAUACAUGGCACCUGAAUAUUCUAACACAGGAAAAGCUAGCAAAGAAUCUGACGUCUACAGCUUUGGAGUGGUUAUAUUGGAAAUGGCAUGCGGUAGAAAGCCAGUUGAAGCAAGAAAAAAGAAGAGCGAAGUUAGUUUGGUAGAAUGGGUGUGGGAGCUCUAUGGAAAAGGAAUGUGCUUGGUUGCAGCAGAUGGAAGGUUAAACUUAAAGUUUGAUGAGCAACAAGUGCAACGCUUGAUGACCGUGGGACUAUGGUGUGCCCAUCCAGCUUACAAUCAUAGACCCUCGAUAAGACAAGCAAUUCAUGUCCUCCAAUGUGAUGCUCCAUUACCAAAUUUGCCACGCAAGAUGCCUGUUCCAAUAUACUGUCCUGCAAUUGAAGACUUGUACAAUCUUGCCUCAACUUCAUCGAACAUGUACUCUCUCACUUCAAUAUCCGGCCGCUGAAGGAUGGUAAGUUAUGCCUUUUGUAUUUUUUAUUUAUUGUGUGAGAAAUAAAGGAUAAUAAGUCAUGUUAAAAGGUUGAAUUCCGACAUUCAGAAUGGCAUGUUUCUUUUUUUUUUUGGGUGCACAAUGGCAUGUUUCUCAAACACAAUUAGUUCAUGCAAUAUGAUGGCAUUGUCAUUAUUAA